GUCUAUCCUAAGCUACGAUGGCAGCAUGUAUAUGAAGGUGGUGAUGCCGACGGUAAUACACACAGAAGCAGAGGACGUGUCCCUGCGGUUCAUGUCCCAGCGUGCCUUUGGCCUGUUGAUGGCUGCCACAUCACGUGAGUCCGCAGACACACUGCGACUUGAGCUGGACAGCGGCCGUGUCAGACUCACCGUCAAUUUAGACUGUGGCAGGAUAAACUGUAACACCAGUAAAGGACCAGAGACAUUGUACGCUGGCCAGAAAGUGAACGACAAUGAUUGGCACUCGGUCAGAGUGAUGCGGCGUGGUAAAAACUUCAAACUCAUGGUGGAUGAUGAUGUGGCAGAAGGUCAGAUGAAUGGUGACCACACUCGGCUGGAGUUCAGUAACAUUGAGACCGGGAUUCUGACAGAACGGCGCUUUGCCUCCACGGCUCCAUCCAACUUCAUCGGUCACCUGCAAGGCCUGAAGUUCAACGGCCUUUUCUACAUCGACAUGUGCAAGAACGGGGACAUCGAAUUCUGUGAGCUAAAUGCUCGUUUCGGCAUGCGCUCCAUCGUGGCCGAUCCUGUUACCUUCAAGACCAAAGGAAGCUAUCUGGGUCUUGCUACGCUCCAGGCAUAUAACACCAUGCACCUGUUCUUUCAGUUCAAAACCACCUCGGGUGACGGAUUCAUCCUCUUCAACAGUGGAGACGGGAAUGAUUUUAUUGCCGUAGAGCUUGUCAAAGGGUAUAUCCACUAUGUGUUUGACCUUGGAAACGGACCGAGUCUUCUGAAGGGAAACAGCGACAGUCCUCUUAACGACAACCAGUGGCACAAUGUGGUGAUCACUCGCGACGCCAGCAACACGCACACGUUAAAGGUGGACGCCAAGUCUGUGAGCCAGGUGGUCAACGGAGCCAAAAAUCUGGACCUGAAAGGUGAUCUGUUUGUGGCCGGUCUGGGGCCCAACAUGUACCAGAUCCUGCCGAAGCUGGUGGUGUCUCGCGAGGGUUUCCAGGGCUGCUUAGCUUCCAUGGAUCUCAACGGCCGUCUGCCAGACCUCAUCAAUGACGCUCUGUUCCGCAGCGGGCAGAUCGAACGGGGCUGUGAAGGGCCCAGCACUACAUGCCAGGAGGAUUCGUGCGCCAACAUGGGUGUGUGCAUCCAGCAGUGGGAGAACUUCACCUGCGACUGCUCCAUGACCUCGUACUCCGGCACCCAGUGCAACGACCCUGGAGCGACGUACAUCUUUGGAAAGGGCGGAGGUCUUAUCACCUACACAUGGCCCAAUAACGAGAGGCCCAGCACUCGGACCGACCGACUGGCGGUGGGCUUCAGCACCACUAUCAAGGAUGGGAUUCUGGUCCGCAUCGACAGCGCCCCCAGGCUGGGAGACUACAUCAUGCUCCAUAUCGAAGAAGGAAAGGUGGGCGUAACGUUCAACAUCGGUACAGUGGACAUCAGCGUCAAAGAGUUGACUACAGAUGUCAAUGAUGGGAAAUAUCAUGUGGUGCGCUUCACAAGGAACGGGGGAAACGCCACCUUACAGGUGGACAACUGGCCAAUCAACGAGCACUUUCCAUCAGGCAACAGCGACAUUGAGCGUUAUCAAAUGGCUAAUAAGAAAAUCCCGUUCAAAUAUACCCGGCCGGUCGAAGAUUGGCUACAUGAGAAAGGUCGUCAGCUGACCAUUUUUAACACCCAAGCCACCAUCUCAAUAGGCGGUAAUGACCGCAAGCGGCCAUAUCAAGGCCAGCUCUCUGGUCUCUAUUACAAUGGCCUGAAGGUUCUCAACAUGGCAGCUGAAGGUCAUGUUAACAUCAAGAUAAAUGGCAGUGUGAGGCUGGUUGGAGAUGUACCGACUAGCAGAAGCCCCUCACGCACCACCACUUCCAUGCCGCCGGAGAUGUCCACCACCUUCAUCGAGACCACCACCACACUGUCAACCACCACUACCCGCAAGCAACGCUCACCACCAACCAUUCAGACGACGGAUGACAUUGUGUCCUCUGCAGAAUGUUCCAGCGACGACGAGGAUCUGGAGGAGUGUGACGGGGGACACACAGGAGGGGAGUUAGUCAUCCCCGUUCUAGUCGAGGAUCCCAUAGACAUUCCCCCUGUUUCCACUCGAGCCCCUUUCAUCCCCCUCCCCCCGACCCUUCACCCCGUCCUCACCAUUAUUAAGACCACCAAAGAGUCCCUGUCAAUUGCCACCGAGGCGGGGGUACCUUGCUUGUCGCACCAAGGCAGCGAUGAUUGUGAUGAUGAUGAUGGUGAUGAUGAUGAUGGUGAUGGCUUGGUGGUUUCGGGGUUUGGCUCUGGGGAGGCCUUCGACUCUAGCCUCCCCCCUACUGACGAUGAAGAUUUUUACACCACCUUCUCCCUGGUAACAGAUAAGAUCUUGACCACGUCGACUUACGAAGGUGGCUACAAAGCUCUCGCACCCAAGUGGGAAGUAAAGGACUUUAAACCUAGCAAGGCCUCUGAGGCGGGCAGGACUACGACCAUCCCGCCUCUGCCUGACCUCAGGAGGCCGUCCCCCGCCACGCCCGAGGCCGCUCCUAAAAUUCCCGCCGGGAAAAUGAACAACCGUGAAAUCAAACCCCAACCGGACAUAGUGCUGCUCCCGCUCCCCACGUCUUUGGACAUGGACGGCACCAAACCGAAGGGGCCGUACAUCACGCAGCCCAUGUUGCGCACCAUCCCCAGCGCCCUGCCCACCGAGCCGGGUAUCAGGAGAGUGCCCCCUGGUGCCUCGGAGGUAAUACGCGAGUCCAGCAGCACCACAGGCAUGGUGGUUGGGAUCAUCUCUGCUGCCGCCCUGUGCAUCCUCAUCCUUCUCUAUGCCAUGUACAAAUACAGGAACAGGGACGAGGGCUCCUAUCAGGUAGAUGAAACACGGAACUACAUUAGCAAUUCAGCACAGAAUAACGGCACGGUAGUGAAAGACAAACAGCCCGGCACCAAGAGUGCCAGCAACAAGAGACCCAAAGACAAGGACAAGGAAUACUAUGUAUAAAACGAAAUCCAAAUGUCCAAAAUACAGAGGGGAAAAAAAAAACUUGAACAGGAAACGGUGAUUUUACACACAAAAAAAGUCCUUUAAAAACUCAGACUCAUUGAGUCAAAAUGAACCCAUUUCCAAGCUCUGUGAUCUGAAGCACACUUAAGCAUACAGUAAGAGUAUAGGGAGAAGGCAAAUAGGACUCUGGGGACCUUGAUACCUUAUUUUCUGUCUGGUUGUGGGACAAUGCCAGUGUAAAAUAUCUCAUUGUUACAUUGUUAUCCCUCAAGUGACUUUCUAAGGUACAAAAUACUUGGUGUAAAAAAAAAAAGACAAAAGGAGAAAAAAAAGCAACCCUUGUCCAUUGUAACCCUGUACAAAUCAACGCAGAUCAUGGGUAAUGGUCAUGAUUUUGGGCAUGCAUGUGAUGUGUGUGAUGUAGUACUGAUAUCUUUGCAAAGAGGAGAUCUAGAGGAUGUUGUUUUGAAGAUGCAAAGUGGGAAAAUUUGCCAUAAAACAGUACUUUUCUUACCCAAGCAGGAGAAGAAAUGUUCCAUUAAACAAAUGGUGUUUCUUUCUAUUUUUAUGCUUUAUUUUUUUUAGUAUACUCAUUUUUCCUUUUGUUUCUGGUUUUAUUUCUCAUCCCUUUCUCUUCCAGUGUCCGUCAAGUAUUAACUUGCUUUAAUAUUCAUAUUCUGAUUGAGCUCUGCCAUGUAUAAACAGAUUCAACUGAAAAGCAUCCAUCUGUUACAAAUGGAAAGCGAGACAUUCUACAUUAAAUUUGGGAUUCUCCUUUCAGUUUUGACUGCUUGAGUCAUUUGCUACACACACGUCUCAAAUAUGGAGCAACUGUGAGCGAAGCAAUCUGUUGUCUGAAGGAGGGCGGAUUCAAUGUGAAUGAGUGUAUAUUUCAUGUUGUCACAGUCAACUGUGUCAAACAAUAAAUAUGUUUACAUAUUUUAUUACAUCAUAGAUGUGGUACUUUGUAGUUCAUUAUUGUACAUAACAGUUGAUUUUGACAUUUUCAUAUGCUAUCUGUACCAACUGAACAAACAUUUAGUUUAUUGUAGCUCAUACUGGAAAGUCCAAAAGUCUGAGCCCACAUUGAACAUCUGUAAAACAUUCAAAACGUAAUAUGAGCCUGGAAAUUAGCAGAAGUACAUGUAUUGUAACAAGGUAAUGGUGUGAUGUACAAUGAAGAUCAAUAAGAUAAUUUGUCCAGCUCCAAAUCUACAAUGGAUCUGAUUGCUUCCAUUGAUGUGCACAAAUUGCGCUGGAUAACAUGGAUCAGACGUGUGGAGUCCAAAGGGGACGUACCAAAAACCAAGACAAUUAAAAACUCUUCAUUUACUCCGACUUUUUACUCAAAUUCCUUAUGUAUUUUAUUAUGACAAAACAGAUGCAAAACAGACACAUUUUAACUCUGUGGUCUCAGAGGUUUGGACCCCACCCUAUACGCUUAAUGUUAUGAAAGAUGCUCCUCUAUCUCAAUGGUGUAACUGAGAAGACGUCAACUGGUUGAAAACACCCUCCGCAUUACCAAGGCUCCAUGUUACUGGUUAAUUGACAACUGGUUCUCUUUUUUUUUUUUUCUUCUUCUUUUUUUUUAAAGCCUACAAGAGCUCAUAAUAAAGGCGGAUGAUGGAUUGGAUUCAUACUGCCACCACAUUUCUGGAGUCCAUGAUUAUUUGUUUUUUGUCUGUGUCUCAUUCUGUGUAUUUAUGAUUUUCACCAUGUUGCGCUGUUGAGUUCUAUAGGUUUGUUGCAUUAUGACAUUUGUGUCGGCAAUAGUGGAAUUCCUCAUCCUUUUUGCUCAUGUAUAUUUAUUCUUUUUUUCUUUUUGUUCAACACAUCACAGGACUCAGAUUUGUCUGCAGUCAUUUAAAUUUUGUGUUAUUUUUUCAGUUCAUCGGUUAUUGUUUUCACUCUUGACAGCUAUGUCCAGCAAUAAAAUGUUCCCAGUUGUUUUCAA